AUGGAAAUUCUCCCCCGCCGCCUCCUCUUCAUAGCCUCAAUAGGUAAUCCCGCCCCCUACCAAAAGACCCGCCACAGCGCCGGCCACCUCCUCCUCGACGCUUUAAAACCCCUCCUCGAAACCACAAUGCCAAACACAGGCCUCUACCACGAAACCUGGAAAAGUCCAGCCUACAUGAACGAAUCAGGCCCGAGACUCGUCCGCAGACUAGAACAAUGGGCAACGGAACGAGCGAACCGUCUUGAAAGAAUCGCCGUCGCAACUCGCGCCUCGUCUUCAACUUCAUCUAUCCCCGCACAAACUACAUACCCCACAACACUAGUCAUCCUCCACGAUGAGCUAUCUAUCGCUCAAGGCAAAGUGCGCGUCGUACGCGGCGGGCCUGAGUCGUUUAGUUUGCGCGGUCAUCGUGGUCUCAUUAGUAUCUGUGAGACGUUGCGGAAGAAGGGAUUGUAUCCGCGCUCGUCGGGGAAUAAGAGUGGUCCCGGGCCGUUGGCGGAUUUGUCGAUCUUGCGGAUUGGUCUUGGGAUUGGACGUCCCACGUCACAUGAGACGAAGGCUGUUUCGGAUUAUGUGCUGAAGACUGUUACUGAUAAGGAGCUCAAGGCUUAUCAUGAUGCGGCGAUGCCUGUGGUGGGUACCAUUCGGGAUGAGCUUCUUAGACCUGCUGGGAAGGUUUGA